CACGAACGUUGCCUGUCAAUAUUACUGACAUCUGACUUGUCAAUUUUUUUUACGGAAACUUUCUUCGGAGCCUAGGCACGUCUUUUAUUUCAAAGAUAUAAACGAUGGCGCGGUGGUGUGCAGUGUUAGCGCUGUGUGCGCUUGUCGUCAUUGCCGACGGAGCUGAGACCUCUUCAAGAUACCAAACAAGAAAAUCACGAUCUAGACACGCUCGUCAGUACUUCGGAGGAAGACCUGAGAAGCCAAGACCUUUUGAACCAGCACCAUCUUACUUACCCCCUGUGACAGGAUAUCCAGCUGCAGGAUCACGUCCCACUCCUGUCUACAAUGAGGGCCCAUCAUCGACAGUUCCGCAAAACCCACCAAGCCAACCUGAAACCACGUAUCAACCGGAGCAACCCUAUCCUCCAAUCCAACCUACUUACUUACCCAGCCGCCCUGCUCAACCUAGCUACCAACCCAGCCAGCCGACACAACCUUCCUAUCAGCCAAGUUCACCUUCAGUUCCUACCUACCAGCCUAGUCAACCGACUUACGAGCCUUCGCAACCUAGCGACCAACCCAGUCAGCCGUCCCAACCUUCUUAUCAACCUAGUCAACCAACCACUUUCCAGACAAGCCAACCCACUGUUCCUGAAACCACUGUUCCUGCUUUCGUCUCCGACAACGGCGGCAGCAGCUCUGGCGAAUCCUCGCAAACGCAACUACCCACCCCGGAUGAUGAUGACGAUCGCCACCCUCCUCACAUUCACGCUAUCACAGUUGACUGUGGCAAGGAAAUGAUGACAAUCAACGUCGAAUUCAACAAGCCGUACAAUGGCAUCAUCUAUUCUCAGGAUCACUAUAACGAACCUGAGUGCGUUUACGUCAGAGAGAAUUCGAACCAAAUCAAAUACUCGUUCACUGUAAGCCUAAACACUUGUGGCACAAGAUUCUUCAGUGACUUCCAAAACGAAGGCCAAGCCUACCUCGAAAACGUACUAGUACUUCAAAACGAACCCGGUAUUCAAGAAGUAUGGGAUCACAUCCGCAGAGUCAGAUGUUUGUGGGAAGGAAAUUUGACCAAGCAAUUGGUUUCAUCGCUCAGUGUCGGUAUGCUGAACCAGAUCACGAGCAAUUUCAGUGGAGACACAGCCAUGGCACGUUUGGACAUCCAGACCGGACGCGGACCUUUCGCGCCUGAAGCAAACGGCCUGAUCAAGAUCGGAGAGACCAUGACUUUGGUUGUAUCUGUUACCGGAGACCCAGGAUUCGACAUUCAAGUUAAAGAAUGUAUCGCCAGAGACGCCGAUAGCCGCCAAAUGGUACCGUUAACUGAUAGCAACGGUUGUAUAUUAAAACCUAAGCUAUUCGGUGCUUUCCAGAAAACAAGAGAAACAGGAAAUAGUGGGGCAUCGAUCAUUGCGUUCGCGUUCUUCAAAGCUUUUAAGUUCCCCGAUGAAAUGGACCUAAUUAUCCAAUGCGAUGUGGAGUUGUGCAAAACUGACUGCGACGUGUGCCCUAACCCUGGGAGCAUCGAACCGAGGAGAAAGAGGAGGGAUAUCAUCCAUGUCGGAAACAGAACCGUGGAGCCUAUGACGACGAUUAGUAAAGGUUUUAGAGUGGUCUUUGCUGAAGACCUCCCAGAGCCUUCUGGAGUGUGCAUGACGCAGUCCGCUGCUUUGUGGGGCGGAGUGCUGGUACUCCUCGGAUCUUUGAUGAGCAGUGUCCUCGUUUCGUAUUGCUGGCAGAGAUCCAGAGGCACCGUGAAGUUUACAUAAAAAUAUCGAACUGGAUUCAGUCAUGAUACUCGUAAAAUAAAUAAUAUUAAGACAACGAAUUAUUAUGAGAUUACAUUUUGUAUGAUAAGAUUUCAAAUAUACUUAGUGACGUUCCACAAAUCACUGCCAGAUUUUAUUUUAAGUUUUUGAAGAAACGCAUGUACAUACAUAUACAUAAAUACCUUCGGCCACUGUUUGAAUUCAAUGUAAAUUUGUUGUAAUCGAGUAUUGAAUGUAACGAUAAAGAAAAUACUAAUUUAUAGUAUUUUUAAGAUUAGUUUUAAGUUAUUUUAU